AUGACUAAUGCCGUGUCAAUUUUCGCACUAGACUCUGAUAGCGAGGAAGAUGAUAACCUUCAUUACAACAUUGGUUUGAACAAACAGAAUUACAUCGCGAAAACAUUACCACCCGGUGGCCAAAAUACUGCCGCCAAAUUAGUCGGUAGAAGAGUUUGGGCCAAAGUUGCAGUAUCACAUUCAAAUGGCUUUUGCAGCAUCCGAAACUGCAAAUAUGAUUCUCUCAAUCCGAAUCAUGCUUGCAUUCAAUGUAAAUGCGGAGUCCACAACUUGUGUGUACAGGAAAAUAUGUUGAUGUCAAUUAGCAAGGAAGACGGUCAUUGGUACUGUUCCAAGGAAUGCGGCGGAAGCGACGUUCUGGCAACACACGAUGUGGGAGUUCAACAAGUAGCAACACCAACACCAACACCAACACCAACUACAACUACAACAGCAGCUACAGCAACUACAACAACAACUACAACACCAAGAAGUACUGACGGAGCUAAAAUUCAAGAAGAGAAUUUACUAGCAGCCGAAUUCGAAGACUGUGUAGUUGAUCCUGUUGCAAGGAACCAAUAUACGAAGAAAAAGACCGACCUUACCAGACUUCGGUCCAUUGCAGGAUAUACAGUGAGAGAUACUUCUGUUGACCUACUGCGGAGAUUUGUAUGCAGAAAGCUGACUGCUAAAGGCACUGGUCGAAUGGGGAAAGGAGCUCUUUGUGACUUGAUUGCUACCAAAAUAGAAGAUUAUCAAAUUGCAAAAGCAAAUGGAACUCUGGACACUCGAACGAAGUUACAGAAAAAGACGGCCGCAAUCAAAAUCGUGAAAAAGUGGUGUGCCAAACGGCUUGUCAAUGUAAUCGUGUCAAACAAAAUGCGCAACCAACUUCACCUUCGAAACGAAUCUAUUACAAGAGAAGAGAUGAAUAAUAAUAUGAAGUCUGGGCAAUUUUUCUAUGAACAGGUUGUGGAGAUAUACAACGAUCCGACCCAAUGCACUGAGCCCAUUAGCCCAGAGAUCGACGAUUCUCCACUGGAUGAAAUACAAGGCACAUUCCAUUGGACGGAAGCAAAAGCGAAGUUCAAUUCAAUUGUCAAACUGUACGAGUCAGCGCGAAGGGUUUGGAAGACAAGUGGCAACCACGGAGAUUUUGCUGAAUACACCACUGCGGAUUACCUCUUGCAUCUGCAUGCAGCCGUCGAGAAAUAUCCCGGCUGCUUGAGUCAACUUUGCAGUAAACUCCCAGAAGAACACUUCAAUGAAUCAACAAAUGGCUCCAAAGCAAUGCCUCCGCGAUACCAAUCUGGUAACACAACAAGAGAGAGAAAGCGGAGCUCGGACCCUAUCGAAUUCAGACAUUCGCCGGAAGUUGUUGAGCUAAGCAAGAAGAAGAUGAAAUUACUGGAGGAACAGUUUGAAAGGCAAAAAGAAAAAGCCGCGGCAAGGAAGAAAGAGAAGGAGGAGAAGAAGAAGGAAAAGGAAGAGAAGAAGAAGGAAAGGAAGGAGAAGGAGGAGAGGAAGAAGCAGAAAGAGAGAACUGAAGUCUUGUCAAAGAAGUUAGCUUUCAAGAGGGAAAUUGUUGCCGAUCCAACUUAUCCGACAAUUUCAAGUGUGGAUACGUUCAAUGCAAAAGUCGGGAAGAAGAAGGCGUUUGAAACUUUCGAGUCAAAGAAGAAUGACGAUCCUAACCAUAUGGAUGAAAGGUUUCCUGAUGGGGAAUACUCUGAGUCUCAAGAAACAGUUGUCGACAUGUACAUGUCCAUGGACAAACUUGCCAGAUCACUUGCCUAG